AUGGUUCUUCGCAGCUUUGUCAACAUCACCGAGCGCACGGGAGCGUCGUUUGCGCGGCGGCGGGCGUCCAACGUGUCGUCGUCGUCGGGCAGCAAGCGCUACUCGCACCCCUUUUUCAAGCCCUCCUACGCCAAGCCCCAGGAGUUGCUCAUAGUGGACGACGUGGCCCGCGAGGGAUCAGGCCGCAAAACACGGUACAGCCGGUACUGCAACAUCCUCACGCCCGUGGCCAUGGUGACGCGCAACUAUAUUGUGUUCGACCAGUCGCACAACACUGACGACGAGCCCCGGGGGCAAACCCCGAUCCUGCUCAAGAAGGCAGGCGGCAAAACAAACAAGAACGGCCACAUGAGCGUGCGCGUGGGCGCGAUCGCCAGCGGCCGCCGCCAGCUGCGGUUCCGGCGGGCUAACUCGACCACCGUGCGCACGUUUGCGCUGGAAAAGCCGGCCGGCAGCAGAGACUACUCUACGGUGCGCGAACUGGAGCAGCAGCUGCGCGAGCUCCAGGUGGGGGAGAAGGAGGAAACGGCCAAGAGGCCCGUGCAGACGGAGAAAAUUGACGCCGCCAGCCCGCUGGUGGUCCACGAACGUCUGAUAGACGAGCUGCUCUCGAGCAACCGGCCGAGCGAGGUGCUGGCCGUCUACUUCAACCUCAGGGGCAAGGGCCUUGUUCCCACGACCGCCCUGUACAACAAAGUUCUGCGCUCGAUUCCGCAGCGCACCGACACCGGCGAGUCCGCCGAGGACAAGCUCACGCACCUGCUCAACGUGUACUCUGACAUGCUGUCCAACAACCUCAAGCCGUCCGACGAGACGUACGAGCUCGUGGUGGGCCAGCUGCUGACGGGCGCGCAGAACAGCUACAGCACGGGCGAGUUCCGCAACAGCAACGACUUCUUCCGCAUCGCGCUCGAACUGUUUCUCAUCAGCCACAGCUCCAACGCGGCCAUCCGCUUCGACCAGGCCGUCUACCACGACCUCGUGCGGGGCCUAAACAGAUUCAGGCGCGUGCAGGUCGUCGCGGCCGACAAGCUGUACGAGCUGCUCAAGCCGCGCGUCGAUCUGACCGAAAACGAAAAUUUGGGCCUGUUGCUGCAGCUGCUCAAAUACGCCGGCUACGCGGAAAACACCGGCCUGGUCAACACCCUAUACCACGACAUCAACGACAGCAUCGACGCCAAGGUGCUGGAGGCGCAGCAAUACGACAUCUACGCCGUCAUGCUCGAGUCGCUGCUUCUGUGCGGCCAGUCCGCCGAGGCUGCCGCUUUCCUCGACCAGGUGGUCGGCAACUGCGACAAGUCGCAGAAGCACACGCUCUCCAAGCUUCUCUCGAGCUUCAUUGCCGGCCAGGCCGCCCUGGACCCCGCCAAGGCGUACGACGCGUACCUCAAGUUCAACGCCGUCGACUGGCUCCCAGAGGUGUCUGUGGCCAGUCUCGCGCUCUUGAUGAGAAAGUUCCUCGACUGUAACGACUUCGGCUCGGCACUAAAGGUCUGGAACAUGAUCGUGCCGCGCAAGGAUUUCGACGAGGCGAUCGGCCAGCUCGCCCAGCACGACGACUACGAGUACCUCGCGUCGACGGUCGACACUCUUGUCGGCGCCGCGCUCGACAGAAUGGAUAGACAGAACCUCAUCAGAUUCACCAGAGAAAUCAUCAUCAAGGACAGCCUCGUGCUGUCAAACGAGUCGCUCCUGAACCUCGUGUCCUACCUCAACGCGAACGAGAAACAAACAGAGCUCGCCACUGCGCUCGUCAUCAACCAGGGCUACAAGAAGGCCAGAGACGGCACGAGCCUCAACAACUACCUGUCGCUGCUCGUCGACUUUCUCGCCCCGUCCCAGUACCAGUCCCUGUUUGGCUCGGGACUGUUCAAGACUGCUGUGGAGCAGUAUAGAGUGGUCAACGAUAACAUCUACGGUCUGAUCAAGAUCUUUGAUUACGUCAGCGGCCUGUCGCAGAUGACGGAGCAAAUCAAGCUCAAGAUGAAGUACUACGGCAAGGUGUUGAACUUUGAGUUCGAGGACGCGUCCAACCACUAUGUGCAGCUGCCGGAGGAGCUGGCGAGAUUUAGGCAGUACGUUUCGCAGCUGGCUGAAUGA